AUGAAAUUCAAGAAGAAGAAGAAGUUCGUGGCGGCAAAGUCCACGAAGUCGGAUCAAGACGUGGAUGAGAAGGAGGAGGAGGUGGGUGUGGUUCCAUCAACGGUUGGGAAGCUGGAAGAGGCUGGUUGGAAGGGCUUUUGUACAGCUUUCACGAACAUCCUCAGCCGUGAGCUGAAGACCUCACAGACGCCCAUCCUGGCGGAAACCGAAGUGGAGGAGAAGCUUCAAAAGAGCAAGGCGGAGUUUAAGGAGAAGAAACUGCAAGCGCUGGAGAACAGGGUGGAGAAGGAUAAGGGACAUGAAGCUGUGAAUAUUUUGGAGAAGAACUUUGAGAUGCAGCUACGUAAGUAUGCCACACAGGGUGUGGUUCGUCUCUUCAACGCCGUCAAGGAGUACCAGGCUCAUGCAGGUGAUGACAAGGCCGAAAAGUACAAGUUCAACAAGAUGCCUUUGCGACAACGUGCCAAGCUCAUGGCCGAGAGCAAGAAGGAGAAGUUCGAGAACGCCUUGAAGAAAACAACGACUAAGAAGGAUAAGAAAUUGAAGGCGCAGG